AUGGCCAGCAACAACAACGACAACCAGCAGAACAACGACCAAUUCAGCGUUGAACGAUUGAUCCAAGAAACUGCUGCUGGCAACCAAUCUCGUCCUCGUCGUGACGGACAGAACCAAUCGACUAAGAACGGACAAGCGGUUCCCGUCGGGCAAUCCAAACCCAACGAUGGAAAACCGCCCCCGAGAGACGGUCAGACGGCCACCCCGUCGACCCAAAGCUCCAAGCGGGGCGAGAACCUGGAGGCUGACGCAGAAUCCCUUCAGGUCGAGAUCCCGAUUCCAGAAAAUGUUGACCCGGUCACCGCCGCACUGCUCGACGCAGUUAACUGGACCAACGCCCUGCUGUUCGAGCAAAACAAGAGGAUAAUAGCUGCAUUGGAAAAGAAACACCGAUCCAGGACACCUCCGAAGAGGCGCUACCUCCACCGCUCCUCGUCCAGCUCUCGUUCUCCUCACAGGAGGAAGAAUCGCAACCGCUCCUUCAGACCCUCCCCUAGACGAGGCAGUCUGUCCCCCGGAUACAAACGCGACCUGUCCAAUUCCGAGAGCCCUCGAGGGCGGAAACGGAACCGUGGCGCCGCUUCAAAGAAGACCUCUGUUCCCAAGCACAAAGAUCUGUCACCGAGGAAGAAACCCGCCUCCCCUCACAAAGGACGUGGGGAGACCCUCAAGAAAGCUGGAAAGUCCUCUAAGCCGAGACAUUCACCGAAACAUCCUCGUCACUACACUCCUUCACCCCCUGAGAGCGACGAGGAGAGACAAAACCCUUUCUCCAAGAAAAUUGUCAAAGCCAGAAUCCCCAGGGGAAUGGAAAAGCCUCCAGUGAUGGAUCUCUAUGACGGGACCACCGAUCCUGAAGACCACAUCCUUAGUGUCGAGACCAUGCUCGACUACCACUCAGUCAGCGGCGCCAUCAAAUGUCGCAUCUUCCCCACAACUCUGAGGGGAGGCGCAAUGACUUGGUACAAGAAUCUCCCGAAGAACUCUAUCCGCUCCUGGGCUGAAUUCAAAGAUAAAUUUUCCCACCAUUUCACCGCAUCUCGUCGGCAUCCGAAGACAGAAGCCUCUCUAGAAGCUAUCGUCCAGACACCGACCGAGUCCCUCCAAGCCUUCUUGGACCGAUUCAAUCGCGAAGCAGUUCAGCGACUUCCACAAGCUGUCGGCAUCGAGAAGCCGCGAACCCUGGAAGAUCUCCUCAUCAAAGCUCAAUCAUACAUCACUUACGAGGAGAGGGCCAAUCCCCCUCGAAGUGAAAAAAGCUCUAGGCGCGAUGACACACCUCUCAGCCGUGGCGGAGAAAAAAUAAGUGAGGAGAGGUCCAGGGACAGCAAAGAGAACCGAGGCCCAUCCGGACGCUUCACGAAAUAUACACCUCUCACCGCUCCUCGCAAGCGCAUCUGGAAUGAAUGCAAAAGCACUGAAUUCAAGGACGGUGGGGUUUGCGUUCCAAAACCAGGAGCCCCGAGACCAGGAGCUGACAAAUCCAAGUGGUGCAAGUACCAUAAAUCCUAUGGACAUCUGACCGAGGAUUAUGUCCACUUAAAAGACGCAAUCGAAACGCUCAUCAAGGAGGGGCGCCUCUCGAAGUACACAAAAAGAGGGGGCACUGCCCAGAAAGACAACAGGAGGUCGGACAAACCCGACGAGGACAACUCCCCCGACCAAAGGCCGUACCAGAUCGCCCUCGCCGUGACCAGACCAGAAGACUUCCUCCCCUCCACGGAAGUAGCCUCGGCAUAUAGCCGCUGGGAGAGUUUCCCCACGGCGAUGGUCAUCUCAAAUGGCGCCGUCACCGGCCCCCUAUCCGUCGGCUCAGUGAAAAGAAAAUUUGACGAGCUCAUCGACAGAAACGCUGACAUCGGUCCUACUCUAAGGAGAUUCAAAGGCAAGUCCGAACCAAUUACAUUUUACCUCGAGGAACUGCCCGGGGGAUCGCCUAACGCCAACAUUCCCCUGCUCAUCCGAGCAAAAAUGGCGAAUUUUGAUGUCCGUCGAGUCCUCCUCGACGAAGGCAGCUCAUGCGACAUAAUAUACUCGCAUAUGUUCAAGACACUCCAGCUCAACGACUCUCAUCUGACUCCGUACGUGGGCGCCGACCUUCAGGGUUUCAACGGCUCUACCUCCAAGCCCUGA